AUGCAAGAGCUGUUGCUUGUAGGGUCCCUCGACGGCAGUGUACUAGAGCAGCUUGGAAUGAUGGAGUCUCAGUUGAAUGGUGAUGGUCCCCAGGAUGCUUUUGAAGUGGUGCUGGUGAGCGAGUUUGCGGACAAGUACGGUGUCUCGGACGCCGCGAGGCGGCGGUUCGGGGUGUGCAACCCUUCAGUGGAGAGAAUCACGGAGGGGGAGUUCCGGCAGUGGGAAAGGCUGUUUAAGCGCGUGGUGCCACCGGUACCGCUGGCCAGAAUGGGACCACCCUCAUCCGUCGGUGUUGCUGUCUCUCAGGACCUGGAGGGCGAUACGUUCCGGCCUCUGCUAAGCGCUUCGAGUGACCGAAGGCCCAUUUCGGCAGCCAGGUAUGUACUGUGCUCUGAGGACACGCAUGUGCAAGGGCAGAGUGUCCCCUGCUACAUUUUGGAGACGUCGCCGGCGCUGGAACCGCAGGGCGGUCCAGUGCAAGACAAGAGAAGCAGUCCGCCCGCGUCUUUCUUGCUCUACACGAGCGACACUUAG